AUGGACUUGGACACCUCGACCCCCGUUGAUGGUGAUAAUGACGGUCUACCAAUUCGACCCCUAAAGCGUUUCAAGCCUCCGUCUAUCAAGGAUUCAGACGAAGUGCCCAAGCCGAAGUAUAAAAAGCGCAGCCGUGCCCCGCCACCCUCACAAUGUGCCUCCUGUGGCAUUGGCGAAACGCCCGAGUGGAGGAAAGGGCCAGAGGGAGCGCGUACCCUGUGCAACGCUUGUGGACUGCAUUAUGCCAAGCUGAGUCGGAACAGGGAUCGUGAAUUAGAUGCGGCGGGUAAACCUAUUCGCCCCCCAGUCAAUAUCGAAAUGUUGCGCAAUUCCAUCCGCGCGACUUGUCAACCUACGCGAACACACGCGAACACAGAACCACCCGAAUCAUCAUCUGCU